AUGAAUUUUGUACCUCCCGAUACUAAACGUAUUACUGAAGCUCUUGGUGAUAUUACACAGUUACCAAGAGAUAUGCAAAUGGCUGUGACAAACAAACUUGACGAAAGUUUUCAACCAGUACCAAAACCUCAUCAUGGUGAUUGGUUGAAAAAUCAUGAAGAAAAAGGACAAACUAUGAAAUCAUUUGAACGUACAACAUAUAAAGCUGUUCCACAUGCAACUUAUAAAACUAUCUAUAUUCAACCAGUUGGUAGUUUUAAUCAUCCACGAGCUGCACCACUUGAUGUUAUUAUUGAAUUUGCUCGUGUAUUUUUUUCUGGAUGUGAAGUUGAAUUAUUACCAACUAUUGACUUUUCGAAAGAUAUGAAAUAUCGAGAAAAUCAUGGAAUACAACAAUAUCGAACAGAUGGCUUUUAUAAUUAUUUGUCUGAAACACGUCAUAAACGUGAUGCAAAACGAGAACUUUUAUGUGUUGCUGUAACUAUGGCUGAUAUUUAUCCUGAUGAAAGUUGGAAUUUUGUUUAUGGACAAGCACGAGCAAUAGAUGGCGUUGGUGUUUAUUCAUUUGCACGUCUUGAUCCAUUAUUUCCAGCAUCACCACAAACAUUACUUUCAUCUCCAUUAACUGAUGAACAUCGUGUAAUAAUGCUUCGACGUUGUAUAAAAAUUCUUCUACAUGAAUUAGGACAUUUAUUCGGUUUAAAACAUUGUAUAUAUUAUAUUUGUUUGAUGAAUGGUGCAAAUAAUGAAAUUGAAAUGGAUCGACAACCUUUAUAUCUAUGUCCUGUUUGUUUAAGAAAACUUUAUUCAACACUUCAAUUUAAUGUUCGAAAUGUAUAUGAAAAAUUUAUCAAUCUAUGUGAAACAUACGAACUUGAAGAAGAACGUAUAUGGUAUCGAAAACGUUUAGAUUGUAUUCAAGACACUUAG